UAAACAAACGCCAAGACACCACUGUGAACGUGAAGUUACAUUAGUAAGAAGCAGUAUUAACAGCUGUCCAUAUUUGAUCGUAUUUAUCGGAGAGCGAUUUGCUAAUGGUUUUUAUGAUAACCCAUGAAGUUAACAAAACAAUUUUGCGACUAGUGAAUUCAAAGUGAUGUGAAAUCGGAUGACUUUUAUUGAACUGACUGCAAACUUAAAUCGACGCAAAAAGCAAAAUGUAUGACGAGUCUGGUCUUCACCGCUUUGGCACGACUUUGCCAGCACUUGACGAAGAUUCCGUGCCCUCGAAGAAACCAAUUCGUGUGGAAGAUCAAAUCGUAACUGACGAGAAUGGCAAGCGCCGUUUCCAUGGUGCUUUUACCGGUGGGUUUAGCGCUGGCUACUGGAAUACUGUUGGCUCACAGGAAGGUUGGACACCAGCAACAUUUAAAAGCUCACGCAGCGAAAAGGCGGCACAACGCCAACAACAACGUCCUGAUGAUUUUAUGGACGAUGAAGAUCGUGGUGAAUUCGGUAUUGCGCCACAACGUCUGCAAACACGAGCGGAAUAUACGUCAUUUGAACCAGAAUUAAAUCGUAAGCGUAAAUUGAUGACAACACAUAGUGGACCGAUACCAGGAAAGCCCGUACUAGAACAACUGAUUGUACCAAAUAAUGUCAAAAUUAGUGAGCGGAUUUUAAAAAGCAUGGGUUGGCGUCCAGGCCAAGGUAUUGGACCAAGGCAAACACGUAAAGAAAAGAAAUCAGCACGAAGUAGAAACCAACGUGAAAUGUACGUUAUGCAACAGUAUGGAUACCAGCCGAAUGCAAGCUCAACAAAGUCGUCAGAGCAUUCCGAUGAUGCUGGUGGCGAGACAGAAAGUUCAGAUGAAGAAACUGAUAAAAUUACAUUUGCACCAGACGAUUACGAACCAUACGUGUGUUUAUCAAAAAGCGAUCGCUUUGGUUUGGGCUACCGUGGUAGCUUGAGUCGAGAUCCCGUACUUUCUAACGCUCAAGGCGAAGCAUCAAGCAAUAGGCACAUAAAUUUGUUUGAACCUGCCUUGAAAGCAGUAGGUAAAAACAAUAAGAAAAUAUCAUUUAAAGGACAAGCAUUUGGCGUCGGUGCAUUGGAGGACGAAGAUGAAGACAUAUAUGCCCGGGAUGAUAUGUCACGUUACGAUUUCUCAUUAGAGGACCGCAAGCCGCAUAAAAAGAAAGUCAUUAUUGAACAAGAUCAACUUGUGGUUGAUGGAUUUUCGGCAUGUAAGAAUCCGUUACGUUUAAAAAAAUCCGAAAAUGUAGUGGUACCAGCUAACUUUACGCCACGCAAUUGGGCCGAACGAAAAAGUCGUUUCCAGCCUAUAGAUGCGAAAAGAGCUGAAGAGCUGGAAUCAUUUUUCAAAAAUGUGGACCAUACUAAAAAUAGAUUAAAUCCCGAUGAACGCGCUGAUUUACUGGGUGAGGAGCGUCAAAAAGAGGAACAGCCAACUACAAGCAUACACUCGCGAGCAGAGCAAACAAACAACCGAAGACAAAGCAAGUCUGAUCCUGACUCACACACUGCUCUGCAAGAUACAAAGCCCACUCGUGUUGCAGGUGGAUACGACAAAAGGACCGACAAAGCAAGGUCUAUUUGGGGGUCUUUAGAACAGAAUGAUCGCUUCACACGCGCUAGUGAUAUUGAAAGAGAGAUCUCUUCCGUGAAGAGCAGUGAAUUCGCAGGCAUGGUUAAGGAAGCGUACAGCAAAUCAAAAGAUGAUUCCUUGACAAGCAUGUUCAAGCCCUUUUUGCAUGAUGAACAAAAACAGCGACGUUAUGAGGAGUUUCUUUUGGCCGAAGUGAAAACCGAGGAGGAGAUUACGUGUUUCUUGAACAAAAUACAGCCGGUGCAUUUGAACGACUGGGAUCGAGAAAUGGAAAAGAAGGAGUUCAUACAGGCUAGUAAAAUCUUUAGGCCGCUAGAUGGGCUGAUGUCACAACGUUUUGUCUCAGAGUCUAGUCUUGAAGUGGAGCAAAAGUCAUCCGCAACUUCUGAAAGCAUUCUUAGUAGCCCGAAGAAAAUUAUCGUCGAACGUUCACGUUCAAUGUGGAAACCACAUUCUUUACUAUGCAAACGAUAUAACAUUGCUGAACCCUUCGGUGGACACAUGGAGGAAGAGAAGCGGCCUUCUUCUUCUUCGAAAAUGUCCGUUUUCGAUUAUCUGGAAGAUUGCUUGCAUAAAAAGUCGGAUUUCAAGACGCCAGUCAUCGUGCCUAUGAAAAUACCCGAGAUAAAACCAAUACUAAAACACACAAAAUGCGGAACGGAUAAGGGAGAAACAAAUAACACAAAAUCUGCAACUUCGGUUUCGACUUGCACUGUUUCGACUAUGACCUCGUGUAGUCCAAGCUCCUCGCUUUCCGCCACAUCUAUAGUUGUUGUAGAUCAAUUAAAAAGUGCGCAUGCGGGCUCAAAGCGAAGUAAAGAUGACGGUCCGAAAGUGGGUCGCCAUACAGCCAAGACCGAUUUGGAAAAACUUUCGGCUGAAUCAAUUUCGAAACCAUCCUAUGAGAAGUUGGAGCUCUACAAAGCAAUUUUUGAUGAUAGCAGCGACGAAGAAGGCGUUGAACAGUACGAAGUGACUGUGAUCAGCAGAGAAGGUGACAGUACAGACGCAUGCGCGGUAAAGAGAGCCGAACAAGUAAACUUACUGCGAAACACAUCGCCGCCACGUGGCAUCUUUAGUGCGUUGCUUUCUAAGAAAGAGCGCGAGAAAACCCCGGAAAAGACAGAUUGCAACUCUGUGGAAUCAAUUGACUUGGAGGAGCAAUCGUCACCCACCGUUAUGGUUUCUGGUAUGGGUCUGAUACCUGCUGCUGCGAAACCGGUUAAUAACAACAACAGAAUUGAAUUUAAACGACCUACAAGCAUAUCUUCCAAGACGUCAGUGAAUUCAGCCUCAACGGUGUCAACAAAGUUGUCAUCAAACGAGGAAUCAACAACGAUUCAGUCUUCAAAAGGAGAAAAUAAUAGCACAAUAUUAAAGUCACCGGAAGGCAAGUCAAAAAGCACACGUCUACAGGGUUCGGUGAACGCUUUAGGCGCUACAGCUGUCUCUUUUGAACUACCGAGCACUUCAUCGGGUGUGGUGACGGAUGCCUAUGGCCCACAAUUGCCACAGCACGUACAUACUCAAGCGUCUGACAUCGCUGUGGACCAAAUGAACAAGGUGGUUGAAGAAAAGAUGAUACGGUUCCUGGUACAGCGCGCCAAGAACAGCAGACAACUUGAUAACGAAGGCUGGGUGGAGAAAAAGGUACGCAAGAUUUUGAAAACCACAGCACGCAGCUCAAGCAGCAGCAGCGACGAGGAUAAUGCAAGCUAUAAAAGCGAACGCAAUGCGCGUAAAAAGAAGAGCAAAAAGAGCAAAAGUCAUAAGAAAUCGAAGAAAAAAUCUAAAGAGAAACGACCGAAGAAGUCUAAGAGGAAGAAGGAUAAGUAGUAGGUUUAUAUGCAUUGCCACUUGUAUAUAUAUUUACAUAUAUAAAUUGGAAAACUAAAUUAUCUAUUUAAAAUAAAUUGUUGA